AAAGGCAGCUGCAGAGGGUGGCUGUGCACUCCGCGACUGCGGUGCUUCUCCCGGGGUGUCACGGAGAGGACUGACGAAUUUCAACCGCGAUAUCGCGCCCCGUGAGAGCGCAGAGCUGGCAGCUCAAACAGACGAGUGCUGUUCUCGGUGUGACGGUUUCAUCAGCAGAGAUGACGAGACUGGGUGCUUAGCGGCUCGCCUGUUGGGUUUCGGCACGGGCUGGACGCAAAUAUGAAGAGAACAGAAUGGGAAAUUGGCAUGAACCGUAGGGGAGGAGUAGUUUUGCUUAGAACGAUUCAAAAGCAAGCCGGAUUUUAACGUAAUUUGACAGAGAGAUGAGAUGAGCGGCGUGGGUGAUACUCGAUUGUAGCUUGCUUUGAGAUGAAUUCUUCCUAAGCCGUCUAUUAUUUGUCACUGUCUACCUUUUGUAAGGUGUGUCGCUUUUAUCACAGGGCUAUUGCAGCAUUUAAUAGCGAAUACUGACGGAGUAAAUCAUUGUCUUGAAAAGCCCCAGGAGGUAUUUCGGGGUGGCGCAAAAGCUUCCGUUACAUUUCGCCUCUGUUUAACAAUUCACUCUUGAGAUUUGGCGUCAGUUCACGUAUCGAACCUUGAUUUUGAGUCUAACCGUUAAAUCAUUUACAGUGCAUUAUACCUUGUAAAUGCAACGCUUGAAAAAAUUGACAGGUGGAUGUAUUUGUAUAUUUGCAAUUCAAUUUACUUGCAUUUUUAUAUAUUCAGUUGGCAGAGUGAGGUAAUGCAGAAACUGAAAAAAGCGACUGAAUCUGUAUGAACUACUGGGAAAGUGUACCGAAUUUAAUUCUGCAAAUGUAUACGAACUGAAAGAAAUUAUUCAACAUUUUUCCACCGAUUAAAGGGGUUAUUUCAACGAAUACUUAGGCCAGCGUACAUUCAAGACUACAAUCGUACUGCUUAUGAUAGCAUCUUUUUCUUACUCUGCCUGUACUGCAGGAAUAUCUCUUAACUGUUGUUAGCAAACGCAGUGUUGCAUGCAAACGCCGGGCUUUCUGAGGUUGCUUGAGUGAGUGAAGCCGUGGGUUUAUUUUCCAAACGCGUUUUCGGCCACGCUGCCCUUCCGUCCUCAUAUAGUUUGGCCCUGUGAGCUUGCCGUGGAUAUGGGAGAAGGUAUGUCGAAGCGACUCAAGUUGCUGUCAGGUUCGGAUUCGGAAAUGGAGGAGCGGGCUUUCAUCAACCCGCACCCUGACUGGGACCAGGGUGCCUUCACUUCAGGCUCUGCAGACGCAGACAGUGCUGGUCCCGAGCACUUUGAUGCAAGCGGAAAUAUUACUGAUGGCUUUAAAAAGAAGGUUCAGAAAAAAAUUGAUAACUUAUUGCAACAAAUGGAGGAAGGUCUAAAGACAGCUGACCCUCAUGAUUUCUCAACCUACACAGGAUGGACUGGUAUUGCCUUGCUGUAUCUGCAGCUUUACCAGGUGAUUGGUGAGCAGUCCUACUUGCAGCGAUCCUUGGACUAUGUGAAGAGGACCCUGCGUAAUCUUAAUGGGAGAAGGGUCACUUUUCUUUGUGGUGAUGCUGGACCUCUUGCAGUUGGGGCUGUUGUCUACCACAAACUGAACAAUGAAACUGAGAGCAAGGAGUGCAUUUCAAAGCUUCUUCAGCUGCAUAGAGCUGUACUGAGUUCAGAUUCAGAUAUGCCUGAUGAGCUUUUGUAUGGCCGAGCAGGUUACCUAUUUGCCCUGUUGUAUCUAAACAGAGAGAUUGGAUCAGAAACUGUUCCUGAGACCAACAUCAAAGAGGUUGUUGAUGCAAUUUUGGAAUCUGGAAAAAAUCUUUCAAAAGAUGAACGGAAAACAGAUCGCUGCCCUCUCUUGUAUCAGUGGCAUCGCAAACAGUACAUUGGUGCAGCCCAUGGCCUUGCAGGAAUUUAUUACAUGCUAAUGCAGCCAGAAGCUAAAGUUGAUGUAGAAGUUCUUAAUGACUUGAUAAAACCUAGCAUAGAUUAUGUGCGACAUAAAAAAUUCAGAUCUGGGAAUUAUCCAUCAUCUCUCAGCAAUGAGACAGAUCGUCUGGUCCACUGGUGUCAUGGUGCUCCUGGAGUGAUACAUAUGAUUUUGCAGGCCCAUAAGGUUUUUAAAGAAGAAAAGUACCUGAAGGAUGCAGUGGAAUGCAGUGAUGUUAUUUGGCAGAGAGGGCUGCUGAGAAAGGGAUAUGGAAUCUGUCAUGGCACAGCAGGAAAUGGCUAUUCUUUCCUGUCUCUUUACAAGCAAACUCAGGAUAAGAAGUAUCUGUACAGAGCUUGCAAGUUUGCAGAAUGGUGUUUAGAUUAUGGAACCCAUGGAUGUCGUAUUCCUGAUAGACCAUAUUCGCUAUUUGAAGGAAUGGCUGGAGCAAUUUACUUUCUUUCUGACAUACUGAAACCAGAAACAUCUCGCUUCCCAGCAUUUGAACUUUGACAUGGACACAUCUGAAUACUUUAUUAAGUUUGCAAGCAGUGGAAUACAGGAAAAUGAAAAUGUCUUUGUGAUACAGAUUAGUGCCUCAAACAUAUGGUCAUAUACUAUAAGGGAAGUGUUUGUAGACAGUACCAAUCUGUUUUGAUUUUUUCAUUUGAGUUUGUCUGGAACUAUAUUCACCCUUUCAGUGAAUCUGAAGUAAGUGCAUGGUGAUACAAUUUUGGUGUUUGUUCGUACUGUUUGUCAGAACACAAUACCAAAUCAUCAUCUUUACAAAUGUUUAUUUAUGUGCAUGGAACAUGAAACUUAACUGCAACUUUUGAAUGUAACACUGAGAUUAAUUCUCAUGUAUCAUAUUCACAACAUGAUGAAUUAAGGUUGAAUAAAGUUUUUAUUAAAUUUCACGUUUUGGUCAAAAAUGGUGCCAAAAAACAUGUAAUUAAUACGUAAUUCUAAUGUGGUUAGUAAAAAAGUAAAAAGGAAUGCAUCUGUGAUUGCAAGGCAAUGAUUUAAUUAAUAGCCACCUGACUCGUAAAGUGAUGAAGACUUUAGUGAACUCAUAUUUCUGCUGAUCCUCUAGGGUGAGUCCAACUUCUUUUUAUAGCGUGUACUUUAAGAAAGUGAUUAAGAAACUGUUUAUGACUGUUAAAAGGCAUUAUGUAUGAAUUUAGUGAAUGAUGCAACAAUUUAAAUAUUUUUUAUUAUUAUUUUACAAUAGAAAUCAGUGCAAAACUUCCAAAUAAUGUAAAUAUAUGCAUCAGUAUACGCAGCAUUUUCAGACCACCGGUUCUAAAUAAUUUUUACAUUGGAAACUUCCAGGAUCUUUUAUUUAGUGUGUGAUGGUUGUUUCUAGUUUUGACCGGUAGUUAACUAUGAUUUGUAUGUGUUUUGAGGCAACCACUUUAUAAUUUUUUUAAUCUCUCAAUUCUAGCGUGAAGUGUGAACUGUCCUCUUUUGUUUUUGCUGUUUUAUAGAUAUUAUUGUCCUAACAAUUAAAUAUGUAAAUUCACUAAAGACUAUUUUUCUUUUAUGUGUCACACUGUAUAUAGCAUUAUUAUAAAUUACAAAGGUUAGGUUAAGUAUGUGAAGCUUACAUUUCAUUUUUAAAAAGGUGUCCUUGAAAAAGUGUAGUAGGAUAUAUAAAUAACAGAAACAUUUUAAAAGUUUUUAUGACUGAAUUUGGCCCUUAUUUUUCUGGAUCCUCAGUAUGCAAUGAUGAGCUUUGCCGUGCGGUUGUAUUGUUAAUAUUUAUUUUGAAAGUUUUAAUUGAUAUGUUGAUCAAGAUUCAAGACUCCAUAGCGUUUAUUUCCAGAUUUAUUGUUUUUCUUAGGAAAGGUUGGUUUUGAGUGCAGAGAAAACUGAUUGCAAAGUCUUUGAAGAAAUGACCAGAAAUAUUACAGUUUCAUAAAAAUGUGGUUGCUACCAUAUGCUGAAAUUUGUUACUCUGGAGAUUAAAUACACAAAUUUACUGAAUCUAAUGAAUAUGUUUUAAAUUCUUACAGUUCUGAGGAGUGGAUUAUGAACUGUUUUUUAACAGGUAACCAUUUAGUGAGACAUUUCUUAAUUGCAUUUUGUAUUUAAAAGUUAAUCUUUGGAACUUUUCUCCAGAAAAUGUUGUUCAAAUAUGUAAAUGAAAUGACUGUUACAUUUAUAGAUUAUGGACCAUAGAACAGCCAGUAAGGCCUUGUAUUACUCUCUGGAGUUUGUUUCUGCCAUUUGCGUACGUUUUCUCCUAGGAUUUCAGUUUUUUGCUACACUGUAAAAAUGUUCUGUCAGGUCACUUAGUCACUAUAGAUGUUCUCUGGAAUGGACUUGGGUCUUAUGUGGGACAGGUAUCCAGGUGCUGGCAACUUACAUUCCAAUUUGUUCUUAAAAAGCAAAUUCAGGUGGUAGAUAAAAGAAGACCAGAUAGUGUUAACAUGGAUCUUUAUCAUACCUGGUGUGUGGUGUAGAUGGAGGAUGAACAGCCAGUGUUCUAGUGUAUCUUUACCCAUUAUCUAUUGAUUUCCGCUUUCUAAUCCUGAAAAAAUGGUGUUACUUUGCAUCCAUCUCUUUGUCUGUCUGUCUGCCUUUUGACCAUUAGCUAGUCCAUUUUAUUUUAUGUCUCCUUUCAGCGGUAUAGAGCAUUCCAAACGAAGCAUGAGCAUAAAAUAAAAAAAAGCAUUCAAUAUGAAUAAAGUAAAAUAGUUUAGUGGAAGGAAUUAAACUAUGUGAAACCUGCAUAGGACAGAUCUAACAAAAGUAAAAGCAGUGGGUUUGCUCUGAGACACAGACUAGUAUCUCGUCCAUUUUGUGUUCUUGCUACCAGUUUUGCAAGGUUAGGCGCCAACUUACUUAUACCCAGAUAUGCAAAGUAACAGAGUAGAAAAUAGACAAAUGUGUGCCCGUUCAUUUGUGUUUCAUCUUUUUCUUUUCUUAAAGGCUAUCAUCUGCCUUUAACAGAAGGCUAUUUUCCUUAACUUCCUUGGUGUUAGCCCUUAGCAUGACACUAUAUCGGAAUUCUAUGUAAUAACGCUUAAACCAGGGUCAGGCUCGGAGUAAUGUGUAAUGAUACACUUUACAGUGUUAAGCGCAUUAACUGUUGGGACAGUAUUAGACUGCCAUCUAGUGGAUGAAAUAACAUGCUACAAAAAAAAAUUCUAUCACCUACUUUAUGUUAACUCAUCAAUAUUCAUGAUUGUGGAGGUCCUCCGGCAAAAAACACUGGCAAACAAAAAGCUGUACAGGCAGUUUUAGAAUGAAUUGAAACUGAACCAUUGCAUGAAGUGAGUGAUAGUGAUGACAGUAUGAAUUGGUCAUCAGACGUUGACAUGGAAAGUCAGACUGAUGCAUAAUGUGGCACUUUAUAACCAAACUGCAAUGAAAUGCCCAGUGAAUUGGCCGUGUGAUGCUUCACUGUGGUGCAACAGUAGCUGUGUGAGAAAAAUGAAAAACUGCAAUCAAGUGCAAGGACAAGCAAGGCAUUAGUCCCCUAAGCACUGUUCAUAAUGUGGCAACUGCCAGUGUUUGUGCCGGGGUUAUAUGGAAGUUACUAAGACUUGCAUUGUGGUAGCCUGACAUAACACAAGGAGUGUGUCAUCGUGUAGGCAGGACACUGAUAUUCUAACUUAUUAUGUGCAAGCAACAGAAAAAAAGUGCACAAAGAAAACCCACUUCUACUGUCACCAUUGCAACAUCAGGCUGUGCGUUAGUGACUGUCUCAAAACGUACUGCACAAAGGAUGUGUCCUAAAUCACCAGUACAGCAGUGGACACCAGACAUACCUUAUCGACUGUACUUACGUUGACGUUUUGAUAUUCACAUUUUUGGGUUUAUUUUUCCUGGGGUAAACAUAAUGCUAAGGAGGUUAAAAUGCAUUUUGAAGUAACAGUACAUUUUGCCACAACUGAAAUUUGGCAUUAUGCAGGUUUUUAAAGUUUCAUUUGAACUUUGUUUAGUAGCAUCAGAUUUUAGUUUCACCUUAUGACUUCGGAAUAAGCAACAUAUUGUAGAUUUGCUUUUGUGUUUGGAACUUUAUGUAAUUUUUCAUCGAUUUACCAUUCCUUUUCUGAAAAAUAUAAAUAAAGAGUUCACUGUUUCAUAUUUGUCCAUUAAA